GGCACCGGCGGCUGAUGGCGGCGCUGGCGCCGCGGCUGCUGCGUGCGUGAGGCGCUCGCCGCCGGGCCGCGCCUCAGCCGCUCCCGCCACCAUGACCGAGGAGCCGUAUGAAAAGUUCCUGGCCCCGGAGGAGCCGUGCCCGCUGCUCUCGCACCAGCACCCGCCGCGUGGCGGCAGCUUGAGCCUGAGCGAGGAGGGCUGCCUGGACGUCAGCGACUUCGGCUGCCAGCUCUCGUCCUGCCACCGCACCGACCCGCUGCACCGCUUCCACUCCAACAGGUGGAACUUGACGUCUUGUGGAACCAGUGUGGCCAGCUCAGAGUGCAGUGAGGAGCUGUUCUCCUCGGUUUCAGUUGGUGAUCAGGAUGACUGCUACUCUCUGUUGGAUGACCAGGAAUUCACCUCUUUUGAUUUGUUCCCCGAGGGCAGUGUCUGCAGUGAUGUUUCUUCUUCGAUCAGCACAUACUGGGAUUGGUCAGACAGCGAGUUUGAGUGGCAGUUGCCUGGCAGCGACAUUACAAGUGGGAGUGACGUACUUUCUGAUGUUAUACCUAGUAUUCCCAGCUCUCCCUGUCUGCUUCCAAAAAAGAAAAACAAGCAUAGGAAUCUCGAUGAACUUCCAUGGAGUGCAAUGACAAAUGAUGAACAGGUUGAAUACAUUGAAUAUUUGAGUCGCAAAGUCAGUACAGAGAUGGGCCUUCGAGAGCAACUUGAUAUUAUUAAAAUUAUCGAUCCUACUGCUCAAAUCUCACCUACAGAUAGUGAAUUCAUUAUUGAAUUGAACUGUCUCACAGAUGAAAAACUGAAACAGGUGAGAAACUAUAUCAAGGAACACGGACCUCGCCAGCGCUCUGCCAGGGAAAGCUGGAAGAGGAGUAGCUACAGCUGUGCGAGCAGCAGCGGUGUGAGCGGCGCCAGCGGCAGCAGCAGCAGCGCCAGCAUGGUUAGCUCAGCGAGCAGCAGUGGCUCCAGUGCUGCCAACUCUGCCUCCAACUCGAGUGCCAACAUGAGUCGAGCGCACAGCGACAGCAAUUUGUCCACAAGUGCUGCAGAGAGAAUCCGGGAUUCGAAAAAACGUUCCAAGCAACGGAAACUACAGCAAAAGGCCUUACGCAAGAGACAGCUGAAAGAACAGAGACAAGCUCGUAAGGAAAGACUGAGUGGAUUAUUUCUUAACGAAGAAGUGCUCUCUUUAAAAGUGACUGAGGAGGACCAUGAAGGAGAUGUGGAUGUUUUAAUGUGACGGGGGUGAACUUAUCAGUGUUCUUUCUAAGCCUUAAAUGUAUUAUCCUUAUUGUUUACAUAUAUUUCUUGACCAAAUUCUGAUUAGUGUUAACAAUAGAAGCCAGAUCUCCAGUGUGAUUUUGGUGAGAAGGUCUAAGGAUCGAGGAACUUCGGCAUUUUGAGAUGAGUUUUGCAACAAAGACAUCAGACACUUAACUUUCUCCUGAAAAGCUGCUGAAUAGGUACAUUUUUGAGAAAAUUUGAACUUGGCUAAUAUACUGACUGACUUUAAAGACAUAAGUCCAAGGGUGCUUUUGGAUGACACUGAGCAUGCAGUACCAUGCUUCAUCUUUUUGGCUUUUUUUCCCAGCUUAGAGUUAAUAUUGCACUUGGCUUGUUCUGUCUUCUUUUCCCAUUAUUAGGAAGAUUAUUUAGCAUGAGGACAAAAUGCUUUUAGUUCCAUGGGGCUUUCUUCAGUCUUUCUUGUGAUGAAUCCUUUUGUAAAAGUUGCAAUUUAAAAGUACACAAAACGAGAAGCAGGACUUCUAAUGCAGGGAAUAUAACACAAAUCAUGCCUAAUAAUGUAGUUCUUCAGAAAGCAAUUAGAAUUAAGGCAGACAGCUUGUGAGCUUAGUCUUCAGGAAGUUAUUUUGCUGCUCAGUGUCUUAUAGUAUGAUUGCUACUAAUGGUUAACCACUACAUCUCUGGUACUGCUAUGGAAACAUUCAAAUGAAAGCAUCUUUAUGCAUUGAAAGGACACUAAUCUGCAAUUAACUUGUCUAGGAUGCUAAUUACAACAGUUAAAAAUGCUACUGGAAAUAGAAGUGCAAGCAAAUGGCACACAACAUUUGUGGCUUUUUUCCCCAGAAGUAUCAUAUCUAAAGAGAUUCACAUUGUUGGCAGGAGAACUUAAUUAAUGCAGCUGUGCUUUUUAAUUGUAUGUUUAGCUGAGGAUGUGUCUCCUGUAUGGGUUGUUACACCAUUAGAUGUUUCAAAUUUCUCCUAGCUGCUUCUGAAAUUGCUCUUGCUAAGAAAAUGAGGUGAAACUGUGGCUUUCAGAUAGGGAGGUAAAAGUAGUUUUAACCCUUUUCCUAAUUCUCACAAUCUGGGUGGUGACUUUUUGUCUUUCUCUUGGAACUACUUGUUCCAGAACUCCUUCCACACACAUCUGAAAUAUAAAUGAUGCUUGUAAAAUUCAGUAUGAAACUUAAAAGGAUAUAAAAGUAUUUUCUUGCUCUGAGUUUAGCAGGUAAUUUUCCAUGAUGCUUCAUUACUUUCAUUUUGGUCUUGUGAAUUAAGGUGUUUGGUGGUUUAAUGUGGCCACAGGUGCCUAUAAUUGCAGGAUAUAGCCCAAUCCUGCAGAAUUCCACAAUUAACUUUAGGUCUACUCACAUUCAUUUAGCACAUCCUACACAGCUGUAUUAGGCCUUUCACCUGAAGUAUUUUUCUGCUAGAAGUGGCAUUCCUUGUAGCCUGAAAAUAAACUGACCAGUAAAAUGUCUGAGAAGGCUUUGAUAAGAGAUCUAUAGCUGAUUGAUGCCUCCCUAGAAACAAUAUCAAAAACUUCUUAAUAGUAUACAAGUUACUGAGAAUUGCGAUUGGCUUACAUCUGGAGCUUCUUUUAAAUAACUUGGAUGGAAGAAAAAAUGAUUUGCUAUCGAUUUAGCUAGUUUCAGGGUGCAGUUGUUGAGCUCUUGCAACUUACCAUGGCUGUAACGGAUGAAUUCCAUCACGAAACAUUUCACUGUCACAAUUCAGUGCCGCCUUUAUUUUCUGCAGUGACUUUGAAAUGUGGUUUGUUUUUAUUUUUCUGAGAGAAAUGUACACAUAAUACUGUAGAGAAUUGAGCCUCUGAAAUGGAUUGUAAGAAAGGUGCAAUAUCUCAGCGUGGUGAAGCAUAAAAGUGUCACUUCAUUCUGUUUCAGCAGCUCUUCAGAGUUUAAAAUCCCUCUGGCUUUGAGAGAAGGCUCCCUCAUUUUGAUGAGGUACAGUUCUUUUUAGUCACCUGUCUACCAGCUUCCAGAGAUGGUAAAAUGAGGGAGGAUAGUAUUUGCAUCUUGAUCUUAGUGUGAAUAUGUAAGUAUAAAUUAAUCCAAGUGAUUAGAUGGGUUGCUCACCUGUUACAUUGGAUGAAAAGGUUGUGGGUGCUACAGCAGCUGGUGGGGUGAGUUGCCACGUUGUCUCCAGCUCUCUACUUCAGUCAGUUGUGUGACAGUUGAAACAAUAAGAGUGGAUUUCCAAGGGUUUCCUGCUAACAGUUUGUAGCUCUGUAAUCUCGUCGUCCCAGGAUGCAAUGUUCUGGUUAGAACGCAGGAUAGCAUCUUGUUUGCCUGAAUGUUGUCUGUGCCAAGUACUUCACAUCUCAGAGAAUUGGGCCUGAAGUAGCUGUGGGGUUCCAGACUUAUUCCUACAUGUUUGGGGUUUUUCCCCUGUCUUCAUCCUUCUUAUUUCUAGUGACACACUCAUUUUGUGGAGUGGGGAAGUGUUUUGGUCAGCUUCUUGUCUUUCCCUGCAAUAUGCUGUAUGGUUUCCCAGGGAAGUGGUAGAGUCACCAUCCCUGGAGGUGUUCUGAAGAUAUGCAGACGUGGUGCUUUGGGAGGACUUGGUAGUGUUAUUUUUAUGGUUGGACUUGAUGAUCUUAAAGGUCUUUUCCAACCCAAAUGAUUCUAUGGUGAAUUUAUAUUGGAUAACUCUGGCAUUAGUUAAACAGUUGGAAUUUUAGUUAAACCUGGUCUUGCUAAUUCAAAUGUGGCCACCCCUUUGUUUUACAGGAAAUAACCUACAGAUAGAUAAAGGUUCAGAUAGAUAAAGAAGAGUAACAGGUUGCUAAAAUCAUGCAUUCAUAUUAGUGCUUUUUUUAAAGAAAAAAAGAAUCAAAUCUCUGCUUUUUACUCAUGGAUGAGAAAUGUUGAGCUUAAAAGCAAAAUACAGACAAGCAGGAAAAAGUUCAUAGUUCAAAGGCUCUGUGGUACCAAAGCUGUGUAUCAAGUGCUUUGUGCCCACUGUAGUAUGAAUGUCAUCAAUUUAUACUCUAUAACAUUAAUGGUUUGCUUCCAUGGUAACUUUUCCUCUAAAAAGGCUUAGAAGGAGCACUGAAAGUCUGAUUGCAAUAGGACUGUAAACAAUAGAGAACAUUCUUUUCUAAUAUGAUUUUAAAUAGAAGGAAGACAGCUAGCUGCCUGACAAACCUGUCUAAUUUCUGUGUGUGUAUCUAAUGUUAUCCUUUGUCUCUGUUAAGAUAAUAUCUAUUUUUCUUUAUCUGGGAAACUGACUAAAAAUUAUUAUAGUAUGCUCAGUAUGGGGAGGACUUUCUAAGAAGAGCAAGAAAAGUCUUGGCAAGACUCUCCUGGGCUUAACUUUUAGUUUUCAUAUUGUGGUUGAAAACCUAUGGAGAUAGUUCUAUGGGGAAAAUAAACCUGCUUGAACUUAGUCAUAUUCAUUUACAUCAGAAUGCAUAUAGAAACGUAUAAAAAUGGCAAUAUUUACUGUUCAUCUAUGCUGGAUGGCCUGAAGCUAUUUCUUUUAUCCUAAUGCUGUUUUCAGCUCUGAAAUCAGUUGAUGCAUUGGUCUAUAAAUAUUAAUAAACCUGACUGUUUUGGGGGCUCUUCAAGUUCGUUCUUAAAAGCCAGAUUUUCAUGGCAAAUGUUAGAUUGAUUGGUUUACUGUUUCUUAGCUUGCUGAUCUCUGUUCUCGGGCAUAGAAGAGACCCUUCGCUGUGCAGUUUGCCAUAUAGGGUUGCAAGGAUAGUUUCUUAAUUACCAAGGGCAAAUCCUAGCAGUAUUCAAAGCUUGUCUAUUUUGAGUAUUAACUCUGAUUAAGCAUACUUGCAUCCUGUUUCAUCCGGCUAACUUUUACUCCAUUUUCAAAUUACAAAGGAAUUCUGCAAUUUAUAAUAAAAAUUGUAAUGUUGAAGCCUUGAAUAUAGUUUAUAACCAAAGCAAGGGGAAAGGGGCUUGGGUGUUUUUAGUAGAGGAGAGAUGGGGUAUGGAUUAGAGUACACGGUACUACUUAAAUUGAAUGGUUUUUUUUUCCCAGGUUCUCUGCUAAUGAUAUUGAUAAAAUGCACUUUUGUAUAGAAAACUGUCCUCUGUAUAUUCUGUAUCUACUUUACACAGUAUUUAUAGAGAUUUUUCUGAAGUUGUGAAGGAUUUAAAGAAAGAUGCAAUGCUGGUGACUGAUACUGUUGGCUUCAAGUUUUCAUUGUAUUUGAAAAUAGUUAUGUGCAUAUUGAAAUAUAGGUUGGAAUUAAAAUUGAUGACAUAUCACA